AUGACAAUCGAAACAGAGUCUGGUGCCGUAUCGGGAACUCGAGGAACUGCCAAACGUGAUACGUUGCGAGCGAACGAAGUCGCUGUGCAAAAGAUUUGGGACGAAGAGAAGGUGUUUGAAACGGAACCCGACGAUCGUGAAAGUUUCAUGGUGACUUUUCCAUACCCUUAUUCGAAUGGUCAUUUGCACAUUGGACAUGCAUUUUCCUUGACGAAGGCAAUUUUCCGAGCUCAAUUCGAGCGCCACCGAGGCAAGAAUGUGCUGUUUCCAUUUGCCUUUCAUUGCACAGGCAUGCCAAUUCAAGCGGCAGCGAAUAAGCUAACAUCGGAGAUUGAAUUGUAUGGAUGCCCUCCUCAGUUUCCGGAAGCCGAUCCUGAAGUCCGUGCCAAGAUGGAAGCAGAAAUUGCCGCCUCGAAAGAAGCCAAGGCGGCCCAACCUGAAAAUAAGUCAAAAGGGAGCAAGACAAAGCUUGUGCAAAAGACCGGAACGGGAAUUGUGCGACAGUGGAACAUUCUCCUCAAAAUGGUUCCGGAAGAUGAGAUUCCGGCAUUCCAGGAUCCUUUGCAUUGGCUGAGCUACUUUCCUCCAAUUGGUGUAGACCACUUACACAACUUUGGAGCAGGCGUGGAUUGGCGGCGGGCGUUUAUAACUACGUAUGUCAAUCCAUACUAUGAUGCAUUCAUUCGUUGGCAGUUCGAGGUAUUGAAAGAGAAAGGCAAGAUCCUUUUUGGGAAACGUAACAAUGUGUUCUCGCUGGUUGACGGACAAGUUUGUGCAGAUCACGAUCGUUCGGAAGGUGAAGGUGUAGGACCUCAGGAAUAUGUCCUGAUUAAGCUUAAAGUGCUGCAGCCAGGCCACGGACAGUCCCGCCAUGCGAAGAUGGAAGCAAUUUUGGCGAAAUAUGACCAGCCUGUAUAUUUUGUCCCUGCUACCCUGCGCCCUGAAACUAUGUACGGACAAACCAACUGCUUUGUCCUCCCUGACGGUGAAUACGGUGCCUAUAUGAUUGAUGCAACGAACGAAAUUUUUAUCAUGAGUGCGAGAUCGGCUCGGGGACUCUCAUGCCAAUCAUACCAGGGAAAUGAAUACUUUACCAAAGAGUUUGGUAAAAUCCUGUGUCUCGAAACGUUUACAGGUAGCGAAUUGCUGGGCUUGCCGUUAAAAGCUCCGAUGGCGAAGUACGAUAAGAUUUAUACCCUUCCAUUGUUGACGAUAAGCAUGGGCAAAGGAACUGGAGUGGUGACAUCCGUCCCUAGUGACGCUCCCGAUGACUUUGUUUCACUUAAAGCGCUACAGGACAAACCCGACUUUCGCGCGAAAUACGGCAUUACGGACGACAUGGUCAUGCCGUACGAAGUUGUUCCAAUCAUCACAAUAGAAGGAUACGGCGAUGCGUCUGCUGUCUUUAUGUGUGAAAAGCUAAAGAUUACAAGCUUCAACGAUAAGGCUAAGCUUCAGCAAGCCAAGGAUGAGACAUACCUUAAGGGUUUUAAUAUGGGAAUUAUGAAAGUCGGAAGCCAUUCCGGAAAGAAGGUCAGCGAUGCCAAACCAAUUAUCAAGCAGGAAUUGAUUCUUGCUGGCCAGGCGUGUCUGUACUUUGAACCAGAAUCUAGGGUGGUUUCCCGAACGAGUGACGAGUGUGUUGUCGCUUCUACAGAUCAGUGGUAUCUGGCAUAUGGAGAGGAGUCGUGGACUAAAGCUGUUAAAAAGCACGUCUUGAACUCGGAUAAUUUCAACGCAUAUGACCCGGCUGCUUUGCACAAGUAUGACUACACCAUUGGCUGGUUGCAAGAAUGGGCGUGUACUCGGCAGUUCGGUCUGGGAACAUUCUUGCCAUGGGAUAGAGCCUGGGUUAUUGAGAGUUUGUCGGACAGCACUAUCUACAUGUCCUUUUAUACUAUCGCACAUUUUCUCCAGGGAGAAGGCAAUUUGACAGGUGACAAAUCAAAGUCUCCUUGCAGCAUUGAUCCUGCAGAUUUGUCAAAUGACGUAUUUGAUUUCAUUUUUCGCAAAGGACCAUUGCCAAGUGACUCAAAUAUCCCGGCCAAGACAUUAGAGAAGAUGCGUACCGAGUUCCGUUAUUGGUACCCGAUGAAUUUACGUGUGAGCGCGAAAGACUUGAUUCAGAACCAUUUGACUAUGGCGCUUUUCAAUCAUGCCGCUGUUUGGGAGGAGGAACCAGAGCUAUGGCCCAAAGGAUACUACUGCAAUGGGCAUGUCCUUGUGGAUGCCGAGAAGAUGUCAAAGUCGAAGGGGAACUUCUUGAUGAUGAAUGAUACAAUACAAACGUAUGGUGCGGAUGCCACCCGGUUUGCCUGUGCCGACGCUGGCGACUCGUUAGAUGAUGCGAACUUCAGCCGAGAGACAGCCGACGCCGCCAUUCUAUCUCUUAUCACGGAAGAUGCAUGGAUAAGUGAAACGCUCACAUCUGUGGACCUUCGAUCCGGCGAAGAAAAUCUGAUCGAUAAAAUUCUGUUGAACGAAACAAACCGCCUAAUUGCUAGUGCUGGUAGUAAUUUUGCUCGAAUGCAAUUCAAGGAAGGACUUAAGGAAGGAUGGUUUGAGAUGCUCAACGCCCGCAAUGACUAUCGAGCCUGGUGCAAGGAUAGCGGUGUUCCAAUGCACAAAGGUGUAGUUCUACGGUGGGCAGAGACCAUUGUAAUUUUGAUUUGCCCGAUUUGUCCGCAUUGGUCCGAGAGGAUAUGGAAACAGAUCGGAAACAUCGGGUUGGCCAUUCGGGCACCAUGGCCGGUGGCGGAGGAAGAAGACAAAAUUUUGACUCGACAAGCCAAGUUUUUGAGAGAUUCUAUAAAGCACUUCCGUUCCCAGGCUGGGAGAGCAAAGAAGGGGUGGAUGAGGGCUUCUAUUCUUGUAAACGAUAGCUAUCCUCAGUGGAAGAUUGAUACGCUUGUAUGGAUGCAAGGCCAGUACGAUGUAUCGUCUGGAUUUUCUCCAGGAUUCAUGAAAGACCUAAAGGAUUAUACUGCAAAGUUUGUGAAAGACAAGAAAUUGAUCAAGUUUACAAUGCAGUUCGCCUCAUUCAUGAAGAAAGAAACAGAGGAUGUAGGUGACGCCGCGCUCGACGUUCUGCUUCCCUUUGACCAGAAAGAGAUACUUCAGGUAAGUAUUGAAUACAUUAAGGCGCAGCUCAACAUCGAAGAACUUGAUAUUAUCCAGCUGGGUGUGGAGGAAGCACCUGAAGUCCCAGAAAGAGUCCGGGAGAACGUAACGCCAGGAAAGCCGUCUCUUUAUAUCCGCUAA